AUGCAAGCACUGAAAUGCGAGUGCAAUUUUGCAUUCUUGAAGUUACGUCUUCCGCAACGACAAAUUCAACAUGUGGCAAAUACUAUUGCUGCUGCUGCUGCAUUGACGGCAAGUGAAAGAGCCGAGACUCUAGCUGCUGUCAAAUCAAUUAAAGCGGAUAGUAUCGCGGUUUCAUAUGGAAAUGAUUCCAAUCGAAUUGACGAGGUUAAAUUCGAAGAUUGUCGUUUACCUCCGCGGCCAGCAAAAGCCGGAGAGAUGACCCUAAAAGUGGGUGAUACGAUCGAGGCAUUGAUGAAACAAGAUGAGAAUAUUAUGGGUUGGCAGAAGUCGAGAAUCAAGGAAUUAAAAGGUGAAUUGGCCGCAGUAGAGAGUAUCGAAGGUCCACCGCAAAUGGAUAUUGUGUCAUUUGAACGCAUUCGAACACUGCCCGUAAAAUGCACACCGUUGAAGAAGAGUCAGUUCAAACACUCAAAAAUUGUUGUACCCGAUGAUCUACGUUCUUAUUUUCAACGUCCUGAGAUUCAUUCCGAUUUUGCGACGACCGUUAAGAAUGUCUUUGUGGAAUAUGAAGAGGACACUGGUAAUCUACUUUUAUCUACGUUCGAGGAGCAGGCAAUCAAAAGAGCAUCCGUACUAUCUGAGAUGUACUUCAAGGAUUCACGUCAAAAGAUGCAAUUACUUCAACGGCAAGAGGUUGUUAGUAAGUUUUGGAAGUUUGUUCGGCAAAUUUGUUGGUCGGUUUCACUGCAGAAUUUGGGAUUUUGUCGUAUUUAUAUUGAGCUGUUUAAGGAGGCAGCGCGACUUCUCGAGAAUACAUCUCUACAGUCAUCGGCACAUGUCGAAGAGUUCACAGUACCGUUCGAUUUGAUGGGUCUGGCGAUCGGCUCACAUGGAGCGAAUAUUCAGAGUGCACGUGCCAUCGAGGGCGUUGAUGAUAUACAGUUGGUGGAGAGUAAUGACGGUCGUACACCGGUUCUUUUCAAGGUUUAUGCGGAGAAUGCCGAGGCGGCCGCAGCAGCACGUUCACAAUUGGAGUAUGCGGUUGAGUCGUUCGAUGUGCCUCGUGGUAUGGUCGGGAAAGUUAUUGGCAAGGCUGGAAAAACCAUUCAGGCUGACGAACCGGUGCCGUUCGUAUUCACGGGAACACGCGAUUCGAUCUCGAUGGCGAAUUUGCUGAUCGAAUAUCAUUUGCGUCAUUUGAAAGAGAUGGAGGAGAUGCGUUUGAAUGUGGACGAAAUGCAACGACAACUCUAUUCACGUACCACACCGCCACCACAAGGCAUGAACGGAAACAGCUAUCGUUUCGAGAGAGGCGGUUUCGAGGGUGGUUAUGCGGGUGGACGUGGUGGCGGUGCCGGGGGCCCAUUCAGAGGACGUGGACGUGGUGGGUCGUUCCGUGGUGGAUUCCGUCAGAAUCGAGGUGGAGGUGAUCAAGAUGACAAAUUGCGCGAUGGAAACAAGGAGGAUGGAGCCGAACGAGAUGCUACUCGUGGGGGUCGCGGGGGUAAUUCGUCUCGAGGCGGUCGAGGUACACGUCGCGGAGGUCGAGGAGCACCAGUGGCAGCAGUGAAUGGUAGUGGCUAA